CGCCUCUGCUGCUGCUGCUGCUGCUCUCGCCCCGCCGCCGCCAGCCCGGAGUCGGCAGAGGCAGCGGAGCCAGAAACAGCGGCGCCCUCGUUCUCCUCCUCCUCCUCGGCCCAGGUGCCUCCCAGGCAGGCUGGCACAAUGCCCACCUCGCGGCUGCAGCCCCUCCUCCCCCUCCUCCUGGCCUUCCUCGUGGGCUUGGCCCAGGCGGAUGAGCUGCUGGUGGCCACCCAGACCGGGCGGGUGCGUGGCAUCCGUGUGAGGGUGCUGGAUGGCCAGGUCUCGGCCUUCCUGGGCAUCCCCUUUGCAGAGCCCCCCGUGGGCCCACGCCGCUUCCUGCGCCCGGAGCCGGUCAAGCCCUGGAGCCAUGAGCUGGACGCCUCGUCCUACCGGCAUGCCUGCUACCAGUUAGUGGACAACACUUACCCUGGCUUCCAUGGGACGGAGAUGUGGAACCCCAACCACAACAUGAGCGAGGACUGCCUCUACCUUAACGUCUGGGUGCCCUCUCCCCGCCCCAAAAACGCCACCGUCCUGGUUUGGAUCUACGGAGGCGGCUUCUACAGCGGCUCGUCCUCGCUGGACGUCUACGACGGGCGUUUCCUCACCUACACUCAGAAGGUGGUCCUGGUCUCCAUCACUUACCGGGUGGGCGCCUUUGGCUUCCUGGCCCUGCUGGGCAGCCAGGAGGCCCCAGGCAACAUGGGCUUGCUGGACCAGCGCCUGGCGCUGCAGUGGGUACAGAGCAACAUCCAGUUCUUCGGGGGCAACCCCAAGGCUGUCACCAUAUUUGGCGAGAGCGCUGGCGGUGCCUCGGUCAGCAUGCACCUCCUCUCGGCCCAGAGCCGGCCCCUUUUCCAACGGGCCAUCCUGCAAAGCGGGACGGCCAACGCUCCGUGGGCCACCAUCACACCGGCAGAGAGCCGCCGCCGUGCCACGCUGCUGGGCAAGCGGGUAGGCUGCCACUUCACCAACGACUCUGAGCUGGUGAGCUGCCUGCGCACGAAGCACCCGCAAGAGCUGGUCGACGAGGAGUGGUCGGUGCUGCCCUACAAGAGCAUCUUCCGCUUCUCCUUCGUGCCCGUCAUUGACGGGGACUUCUUCCCGGACACACCUGAGGCGAUGCUCAGCACGGGCAACUUCAAGGAGACGCAGGUGCUGCUGGGCGUGGUGAAGGACGAGGGCACCUACUUCCUCAUCUACGGGGCGCCCGGCUUCAGCAAGGACAAUGAGAGCCUCAUCAGCCGAGAGGACUUCCUGGACGGCGUGCGCAUCGGAGUGCCGCACGCCAACGACAUUGCCGCCGAGGCCGUGGUGCUGCAGUACACCGACUGGGAGGACGAGGACAACCGCGAGAAGAACCGGGAGGCCAUGGACGACAUCGUGGGCGACCACAACGUCAUCUGCCCCGCCAUGCACUUUGCCCGGCGCUACGCUGAGCACGGCAACAAGGUCUACGCCUACUUCUUUGACCACCGCGCCUCCAACCUCAUGUGGCCGCUCUGGAUGGGCGUCCCGCACGGCUACGAGAUCGAGUUCAUCUUUGGGCUGCCGCUCAACGACAGCCUCAACUACACCCCCGAAGAGAAGGAGCUCAGCCGCAGGAUGAUGCGCUACUGGGUCAACUUUGCCCGCACAGGGAACCCCACGGACCCCUCGGACAAGGAGGAGUCCUGGCCCGUCUACAACUUGUCUGAUCAGCAGUACGUCAAGCUCAACACGCAGCCGCUCAGCACCGACCGCAGCCUCCGGGCCCAGAUCUGCGCCUUCUGGAACCACUUCCUCCCCAAGCUCCUCAACGUGACCGAUAACAUCGAGGAGGCCGAGCGCCAGUGGAAGCUGGAGUUCCACCUCUGGAGCGCCUACAUGAUGCACUGGAAGAGCCAGUUCGACCACUACAGCAAGCAGGACCGGUGCUCAGAGCUGUGAUGCGCAGAGGGGGAAUCGCCCCUCAGCCCCAACUCCAUUCAGUCAAACACGCCAAGCAGCUCAAGGAAACCCCCUCCCAUCAGCCCCCAGCCCCUCUGGUGACACUCACCACAACCCAGACGCCUUUCAGUGCAGCUGGAUCCCAGCCCAUCUGAGCAUCCCUAAUGGAACCCCUCCCCGUGCAACUUCCCUCCCCCCCUCCGUCUGACCACCCGUCCAGCCAAAAGCCAAGAGCUGUGCCCAUCAACGCAAGCCAACCAACACAAGCAGCCCCUCCAGCCUCUGGGCGCCCCCAUCAAUCUAGCUGGCCCAGCCUGCCAACACCCCCCACAUUCACCACCCCCAGAAACAGAAACCGGGCAGCAAGUUGAUCUACUGCUUCAGUACUGGGGUGGGGGAGACAGCACCCCUCCAUGGUCCCUGUGGUCACCAGUUUCCAGACCCCCCUACCAACUGGCACCCCAUCGUAGCACCCCAAACUCGUUGAACCCACCACCCCCUAUGGGUCCUCCCCUUUGCUGUUUGGGAACACACACACCCCAACUCCUGACUCUUUGCUGUGAUUUGUAUAUAAUGUUUAUUUAAAGGGGGUGUGUGAUUGAUAAAUAAAUAAAUAAAUACACACACAUAUAUAUAAAUAUAAAUAUAAAUAUAUAUCUAUAUUUGGACUGUAUAGCGACCGGAGCUACAGGCAACACUCCCUGCCCUCCACAUGCAUUUCCCCCCCCCCACAAUCAUGCACUCUGAUUUCCCCACACAUGUCACAAGGCACCUCAAGGGAAUCCAGCCCCCAAGCGUCCUCAGAGCCCACCCCCAAAUACUUAUUAUCGUAGAGCCUUGGCCAGCUCCAGGGCCUAGCCCCCCCUCAAAGCAACUGCUGUCCCAAUUCCACCCCCCCCCCGACACCCCAAAAGCCCAACUGACCUGCUGUCCCUGUUAUCAGCCCCAACCUCCGGACAAACCCCAUGACUCAAGGGCCCCUUCAGAAACAGAGAGAGAGAAAGACCCACUCGCAGACCCCUGGAGAGCUGGGGGCCCCCCAAGUCAGUUUGCCCCCCUUCCCUGCCCCCAGCCUCCCACCUCUUCUGCCUGCAUGGCCAGCACCUGUGGAACUCCGACCUGUGUGUGAACUCCUGCAAAACCCAAUAAAAAGAGUUAACCUGG